AUGUCACAAUUCUACCCCAAUACACUCCCUGGUUUCGCUUCUCCGUACAAUUCAGGGUCAGUAAUUUUUCCAGAUUUGGAAUUGGUAACGAUCGGAAUCAAAGACUUUACGGCACCAAGCCUGGAACAAGUCAAGAUAUUUCUACAGAUAAUGGAACAGGGUAAACAAAAUCGAAAGGCAGUUGCUAUCCAUUGUGCUCACGGUAAAGGCAGGACAGGUACAAUAGCCGCCUGCUACCUUGUGAAAACGUAUGGUUUGACGUCACAGCAAGCGCUAGAUAAAGUUCGACAACUCCGACCUGGUUCAGUAGAAACCGUUACUCAGGAACAAUUGGUAGCUGAAUUUGAAACCUGGUAUAAAGACAAAUUAUUAUGA